UUUUGACAUUUGAUCGAUUCAACAUGCCUACGACUAGAAAAACAGCUGCUACAAAGAAAACAGAACAGAAACCUGUUAAGUCGGAAGCAAAGAAACCUGCUGCUACUGUAAAUAAAAAACAGGCAACCAAGGCACCUGCACAAAAGCCUGUAGCCAAAAAGCAAGCAAAGAAAAUGAAUGCUAAACAAUUAGAAAGUUCUGACGAAGAAUCUGAGGAAGAACAAGAAAUUGAACAAAAGCCCAAGCAAGAAGAAGCUGAACAAGAAAAUAAUACAGAAGAUGAUUCAGAGGAAGAAGAAGAAGAAUCAGAGGAAGAGGAGAUGACUGAAGAGCAGGAGGAAGCCUUGAGAAAGAAGAUUUUGGGUGACCUGGCUAGUAGUGACGAAGGAGAGGAUUCUUCUGAUGAUGAAGAUUUGAUUGGUAAAAAUGAAGACGUGGUUGCAUUGGAUCAAAAGCAAAUGGAAGAUAGCAUGAAAGAAACAAAAAAGGCAUUUGAAGAGAAGAAGGACAAAACAAAGAAGAAGGUGGAUACAUCAAAACGAGGUGUUGUCUUUUUAGGCCGUAUUCCUCAUGGCUUCUAUGAACAUCAAAUGCAAAAAUACUUCCAGCAAUUCGGUAAAGUGACUAGACUUCGUCUUUCACGUAAUAGAAAGACAGGUGCUUCAAGACAUUAUGGUUUCAUCGAAUUUCAAGAACCAGAAGUGGCUGAGAUUGUAGCAGAGACCAUGAACAACUAUCUCUUGUUUGGACAUCUUUUACAAUGUAAAGUGAUUCCACCUGAAAACAUCCACGAAAAGUUAUUUAAGGGUGCCAACAAAAGAUUCAAGAUUAGUAACUUUCGCGGUAAAAACCGUAAUCGACAGAAUAAAAAGAGAAGCGGUGAAGAACUUCAGGCACAGCAUAAUAAGCUUAGAAAGAAUGAACAACGUUUACGUAAAACCUUAAAGACAGCAGGAAUAGACUAUGAUUUCCCUGGUUACACCACUGAAGUUUAAAAGAAAGAUUCAUUUGAUUGACAUACAGUUAAUAAAUAAAGCAUCUAUGACUAUAUCAUUUAUAGAUACACACUCGGUUACUUAUUAUUCAGAAAGGAAG